GACACUCUACCAACUCAAGAGAACGAAAUGGAAAGAGGACCCAUUUUGGAGAGACAGAGGAGAGAGAGAGCAGGGGAGAAUGUGUCUGAGUUAGAAAAUGGGAUGAAAUGGCAGCUGGGGGUCUGCUAUCACUGCUGAUGAUGAGAACCCCAUUUCAAGAUUUCUUUCUUUUUGAUUGGUGAGAUGAUGAGAUCUGAUUUACAUUUCCUUUGGUUUUGGAUCAGUGUUUCUCUGAUAUACUGGCUUGGAGGUCAUUGAAGUAGGAGCUUCAUUUGCAACCUAAAAACACAAUAAUACCAAAGAACAACCAAAAUUACAUCUUCAAAGCUACAUAGCUGUUGAUUUGGGCUAAACUGAGCAUAGGUUAAAGUAGUGAGAGAUGCAGAGCUCCAAAGCCUCUUAUAAUUCAAUCGGGACAUGGUAGAAAGUAUUGAAUUUACCUGAGUUUUUAUUGCUGGUGUAAGUACCAGGCCUUUGUAAGGUCAAAACCAGUUCUAUUUUUGUUCAUUGCUCGAGUUAUGGCAACAUUGUUACAGCCUGAGUCCAGGCGCUUGUAUUCUUGGUGGUGGGACAGUCACAUUAGCCCAAAGAAUUCAAAAUGGCUUCAAGAAAAUCUUACAGAUAUGGAUGAAAAAGUUAAAGCAAUGAUCAAGCUUAUUGAAGAAGAUGCAGAUUCCUUUGCAAGAAGGGCAGAGAUGUUCUACAAAAAACGGCCAGAGCUCAUGAAACUGGUUGAGGAGUUCUACCGAGCAUACCGUGCCCUAGCUGAAAGGUACCACAGUGCAACAGGGGAGCUCCGCCAGGCCCAUCGAACCAUGGCAAAAGCAUUUCCUGACCAAGUUCCUUUAGAACUGACUGAAGAUUCGCUUUCGGGAUCUUCUUCAGUACAUGACCAAGAUCAUUCAAUUUGUGCGUUGCUUGAUCCAGAUGAUUUGCAUAAAGAUGUAUUGGAGAGAAUUGGACAUGGGCCUUGUUCAAGAGAAUCGGACACUCGUAUUGGAAAAAAGGGUUUGGAGCUGCCAAAUGACGUGUUUGGAGCAGGAAUAGCACUAGAAAAUUCAAAGCUGGCUGAAGGAACAAUGAGACUUGAAGUGGAAGAGAAAGGAAAAGGUUUGGAAGAGUCCAAGCUUGCAGGUGGAGCCGAAACUGAAAAUCAAAACUUAAAUGAAGUCGAUGCUGAUAGGCAUGCUAAAACGGAGGCUGUCCUUCAAUACCAGCAGAGUAUGGAAAAGUUGUCCAAUCUGGAGAGAGAACUCAAUCGUGCACAAAUGAAUUAUAGUGGGAUUGAUGUACAAGCAAGUAAAGCUGCAAAUGAAGUUCAAACACUAAAGGAAGCCCUCGUUAAAUUAGAAGCUGAAAAGGAUGCAGGUUUUCAUCAACAUAAGGAUUAUUUGAAAAGGAUAUCUAAUUUGGAGUCUAGAAUUUCUCAAGCUCAAGAGGAUGAAAAAGGACUUCACGAGCGAGCUAUUCGAGCUGAAAUUCAAGCUCAAUAUCUAGAAAAAGAUCUUUCCAGAUUAGAGACGGAAAAAGAUGAUGGUCUUCUCCAGUAUAACCUGUGCCUCGAGAAAAUUUAUGAUUUGGAGAAAAGAUUUGCGCUUGCCCAGAAGGAAGCUAGAAUGCUUAAUGAGAAGGCUGAUAGAGCUGAAACUGAAGUAAGGAAACUGAAAGAAGCUCUUGCUGAACUAAAUGAAGAGAAAGAAGCUUCAGCUCUUCAGUAUCAGUGUUGCUUGGAGAAAAUAUCAAAGCUAGAGAGCGAACUCGCUCAUGCCCAAGAGGAUAGCAGACGCCUUAACCGUGUGGUUCUAAUGGAGACUUCAAAACUGAAGAGCACUGAAGAAAAGUGUGUACUGUUGGAGAAUUUAAAUCAGUCUCUGCAGUUAGAGGCGGGUAAUCUAGCAAAGAAUAUUGCGAUGAAAGAUCAAGAACUUUACAAGAAGCAUGAGGAGUUGAAGAAACUUCAGGCUUGUGUACAUGACGAGCAUUUGCGUUUUGUGCAAGUUGAAGCCACUCUGCAAACUUUGCAGAAUAUGCACUCUCAAUCUCAAGAGCAGCAGAGAUCAUUGGCAUUGGAGCUCAAAAAUGGGCUUCAAAUGUUGAAGGAUGUGGAAAUGUGUAAACAUGGUUUGGAGGAAGAAAUACAGCUGAUUAAGGAUGAAAAUAGGGUGCUGAAUGAACUGAAUUCAUCAUCCACCACUUUGACAGAGAAUUUGCAAAGUGAAAUCCGUAGCUUGCGGGAGAUGAAGGAGAAACUUGAGGAGGAGGUUGGAUUACAAAUGGGCCAAACUAAUUCCCUCCAGCAAGAAAUUUACCAUCUGAAAGAGGAAAUCAAGAGCUUGAACAAAAGAUACAAGGCGCUAAUGGAGCAAGUGGAGUCGGUAGGUUUGAACCCGCUAUGCAUUGGGUCGUCGGUAAAGGAUUUGCAGGAUGAGAACUCAAAUCUGAGACAGAUCUGCAUGGACAAGGAUGAGAAAGAAGCUAUUUUCAAGAAAUUGGAUCACAUGGAGCGCCGUUUUGACAAGAAUACUGUUUUGGAGAGCUCGCUGUCAGAUUUGAGUGGUGAGUUGGAACGGUCACAAGAGAAAGUCAAGGCAUUGCAAGAGUCUUGCCAAUCGCUCAAUGGAGAAAAAUCUGCUCUUGUUGCUGAGAAAGCCGCUCUUCUGUCUCAGUUACAAAUUAUUACUGAUAUGUUGCAGAAACUCUUGAUGAAAAACACGGUUCUUGAGAAUUCCCUCUCUGCUGCCAAUGCUGAACUUGAAGGUCUGCGGGAAAAAUCAAAGAGCCUAGAAGACUUCUGCAAGUUGAUUAAUAAUGAGAAGUCGGACCUUGUUACUGAAAGAAGCAAUCUAGUUGUUCAGUUGGAAAAUUUUGAACAGAGACUAGAAAGCCUCGAAAAGAGAUUUGCAGAAUUGGAACAAAACUAUGCUGGCGUGGAGAGAGAGAAACAGUUCACUCUCUCACAAGUAGAGGAACUAAAGGUUUCUCUAGGUGCAGAAAAACAAGAGCAGGCGAGUUUUACACUGUCAAGUGAGGCCCGGUUGGCUAGUCUGGAAAACCAUAUUCAACUCCUGCAAGAAGAAACUAGGUGGAGGAGAAAGGAACUUGAAGAAGAACUAGAUAAAGCUGUGAAUGCCCAGUUUGAGAUCUUCAUCUUACAGAAGUUUAUACAAGAUAUGGAACAUAAGAAUUAUUCUUUGUUGAUUGAGUGCCAGAAAAAUGUUGAGGCGUCCAAAUUGACGGAGAAAUUGGUUUUGGAGUUAGAGGGUGAAAAUCUUGAGCAGCAGGUGGAAGCAGAACUCUUGUUAGAUGAAAUUGAAAAGCUGAGGCUAGGAAUUUAUCAAAUGUUCAAGGCUCUUGAAGUUGAUCAAGAUAAUGAGUCAGAUGAUAAGAUUGAAAAUGAACAAAUAUUUGUGCAUCGUGUUAUAGAGAAUAUUGAGAAUAUGAAAUGUUCUCUCUCGAAUUAUGACAAUGAGAGGCAACGUCUAUUGGUUGAGAACUCGGUUCUUUUAACUCUGAUCAGGCAACUGAGAUUAGAGGGCGUGGAAAUCGUGUCAGAAAAGAAAACCCUAGAUCAGAAAUUCAAAAUUAUGACCGAGCAACUUGUGAUGGUUCAAACUGAUAAUUGUGAACUGGUGGAGAUGAACAGGCGGUUGAAAUCAGAGGUGAACAAGGGAGAGCAACACGCAAAUGCACUAGAGGCUGAAAUGGAGAGGAUAUGUGUGCAGCAAGGAGAUUUACAGCAGGCUUACCUUCAGUUACAAGAAGAAAAUUCUCAAGUGCUUGAAGGAAACGGGCCUUUGCUGAAAAAUCUCUCAGAUCUGAAGGAGGAGAAAUGCAUGGUGGAAGAGGAAAACGAAUUUAUUUUCCUGGAAACGUUAACUCUCGAUAACCUUUCAAUGAUUUUCAAGAACUUUGGGACUGAGAAAGCAGUGGCACUAGAAUUACUUUCUGAAGAUCUGCAUAAUCUUCAUGGGAUCAAUGGUGACAUUGCAAAGGAGGUUGGUGUAUUGAGAGGGAAGUUGGAAAUGGAAAAAACAGAAAAUUUACUUCUAGAAGAAUCGGUGAAGAAGUUGGAGAAGCAGCUCGAUGAGGUCAGAGAGUUGAAUAAUCAAUUGAGAAGGGAAAUUUCAACUGGAAAUGAUUUCUUGUGUCAGAAGGAAAUAGAACUUUCAGUAGCGGAACAGAUGAUUAAAGCUAUUGAGGAUUUGAAUUCAGAAUUGUGUGUAACUGUGGAGGGACUGAAGAGGCAACACGAGGAUUCAACACUUGUGAAAGAAAAUUUAGAAAAGCAUAUUCUAGAACUAUCUGAAGAAAAUACGGGUCAGAACAAGGAAAUUGGAUGCCUUCGUGAAGUUAAUGGGAAAUUAGAGUCCGAACUGAGAAUUUUACGUGAAGAAAUUGAAGAACAUAGAAUCAGAGAACAGAACUUGAGUUCAGAGUUGCAAGAGAGCAGCCACAAGUUUGAAGUUUGGGAGGCUGAGGCUGAGACGUUCCAUUUUGAUCUUCAAAUCUCCACCAUCCGUGAAGUUCUGUUUGAAAAUAAGGUUCAUGAGCUUACUGGAGUAUGUGAAACUCUAGAAAAUGAAAGUGCUUCUAAAACAGUCGAGAUUGAGCAGAUGAAAGAAAGAGUUAGCUUCAUGGAGACGGAAAUUGGAGGCCUAAAGGCUCGGUUAUUUGCAUAUGCUCCUGUUAUAGAUUCUCUGAGCAAUAACAUAGCAUCAUUCGAGCACAAUAUUCUCUCUCAGCCACAGCUUAACGUAGCUAACAAUCCGGAACCAAAGGAUGUGGAAUUGUCUGUUCAUCUCGAUGAGAAAAGCUGUCAAGAACCGAUAGAAGAUCACAAGUCUGUGAUGCCAAAUGGAAUUCCCGAAUUGCAGGACUUACAGACUAGGAUUAAAGUAGUUGAGAAGAUAGUAACCGAAGAAAUGAAAAGGCUGGCAGUGCAGGAAAGCUUCAACAUCAAGCUAGAAGCAGCGUUGAAACAGAUUGAAGAGUUGAAAUCAAACUACAGCUUAAGAAAAGACAAACGAAAGGAAAAGAUGGAGCGUGGGGGUGAGCUCGGUGACAACCUCAAGACCAAGAAAUCAAAAUCCGAAAUUUCUGAAGUGAGGAAUGGGAUUCUGAUGAAAGAUAUUCCACUCGAUCACGUAUCAGACAGUUCAUUGGAUAGAAAAAGCAGGAGAAGAAAUCAUGCUGGAGAUGAUCAGGUGCUCGAGUUGUGGGAUACCGCUAAGGGCUCUAGCCUUGAUCUCUUAUUCAAAGAGUCACCGAAGCAGAAGAGUGAAGACCUCUCUACACCGUUACAAGCUGAAAAGGAAUUGGGUGUCGACAAAUUAGAGGUAUCAUCAAGUAUUACUGAGCCAAAUCAAGAACAGAACAAGAAAAAGAUCUUGGCGAGACUUGAUUCCGAUGCUAAAAAAUUGAACAGCCUUCAAACAACAGUGCAAGAUCUGAGAAAUAAAUUGCAGAUGAACAAGAAGAAAAAGGCGAAGAAUGAUGAUUUUGAGAGCGUGAAAGAACAGUUGCAAGAAGUUUUGGAAACUAUCACUCAGCUGGUAGAGGUGAAUGGUCAACUGACAAAAAAUGUCGAUGGAAAGGCUUCAGCUGAGUUGGAGGAGGCAGAGAAUGUCCAAAGAAAGAGAGUAUCAGAACAGGCGAGAAAAGGGACAGAAAAGAUCGGACGGUUGCAAUUGGAGGUUCAAAAAAUCCAGUAUCUCUUGAUGAAGCUAGAAGGUGAAAAGAAAAGCGAAGGGAAAUACAGGUCUUCAAGGAGUCGAACAAGCAUUGUAUUGAGGGACUUCAUUUACAGUGGGAGAAGUAGUCCGAGGCGGAAAAAGGAUUGUCUUUAUGGGUGUUUCAAACCUCCGACUACCGGAGGAGACGGUAACAAUAAUUAAUGUGUGUUAAUUCUAUUAGUUACUAGUAAAAUCACUCACUGAAAUGUUGUUUAUAUUGUGUUUGAGAGAUCAUUCUUAAAUUAGUUGCUUGUAAA